AUGCGUCGUGAACUAUUUGGACAAAAACAACGAUUUGUUGAAGCUGAAGAAUCACGAGAGGUUUUACGUAAAGAAUUAGCUAAUAUACAACGACAUUAUGUUGAAUUAGAAGAUGAACAACGAAUAAAAGAAUGUGAUUAUAAAUUAGCUGUUGAAGAAGCUCGACGUCUCAAGCGUAAAGCAAUUGACGAACGACGAAAUGUUGAAUUAGCACUUGAUGAUGCUAAUCAAAUGAUUUCUGAAUUACCCAAACGUGAUACUCAAUAUAAAUUAGGUAGUAUUGUAUUAAGUUUACGUCGUACAAUUGGCUAUGAACCAUGCAAUGGUAGCAGUACGCAAAUUCGGAAUCGUUCACCAAGUCCAAAUGUCCGUCGUCGACCAAUAUCACCAAGAAAAGGUCUUGAUAGUAACAAAAAUCGUGCACCACAUAUUUUAGAUCGAACAUCACGAAGUCCAUAUCACCAAUUUGUUCAAAAUUUUAUAACAACAGAACGUGAACGAGAUGACUGUGCUAUUGAAGUUACACAACUUCGACGAACAACCAAAGAACUUGAAGAAAAUCUUCAAAGAACUGAACAACGAUUUUAUAAGAAAAGUGUUGAUAUUCGUUUACAAGGUGCCCAAAGUGUUAUGGUGUUGCAAGAAGAAACAAUACGACAAAGUGAGCGUGAACGUAAGACAAUGUUAGAUCAAAUAAGUGCCCUUGAACGACAAUUAUUAGCUAUGGAAAAUGAGAAGAAACAAGCUCUUGAAAAAAUGAGUGUACAUAAAUUAACUGAAUCACAUUUAUCUGAUGAUAAACGUUUAUUAAAACGAGUAUUAGAAGGUGAAAUUGAAUGUUUAAAUAUGAUAUUAACUGAUAAAGAUAUGGAAAUUCAACAGAAACGUGAAGAUAAAUGGCAAUCAUUACAAUUAAGUGUUGAUUGUCUUUCAUUAACAUUAGCUAAAGCUGAGGAAGGUGAAUCAAGUUUAAAAACACGUGUACAAUCACUUAAUCAAACAUUAUCACAAUCAAAUUAUCAAACAGCUGAUUUACAACAAAAACUUGGUAGUAUACAAAAUGCUUCACAAAGUAGUGAAUCUGAACAACGUGUUGCACAAGAAAAACUUGAACAAGCACAGUAA